ACUGAUUUUGGCCAAAAAUCUAUUAUCCAAUGAAUAAUACUACUAUCAGAUCUUCCACCACGUCCUCGCCAUAUAUCGCCCACUCUCGGCUUCAUAUUCCAAUUUCAUCUGAUUAUCCGAUCGUCGUCGCGGAUCCCUAUCUUUUCAUCACAAAAUUUAUCCAAUAAUCUGCAAAAAUCGCAGUAAUUUUCGGAGAAAAUAUGCAUUCCAUGAGCUUAAAGUUGUUUGUGGAUUGUAAUGAUGUUGAAUCGAGGUAUACGGCGCCAGGUCGUGUCAGUUUUGGUGUUGGAGAUUUUCCGGUUAGGUUCAAUUGUAGAGAUCAGGGGAGGAGGAAUUGUAGGAUAAUUGCGCGUGCUUCGGAGAGAGAUGGCGGUGCUGGUGCCGGAGCCGAAGCUGGUGGAGCGGAGAGCCAAAGUCAGCAGAAUGGGAGUUCGUUUUUUGCACGGAGUCAAACUUAUGCGUUGAUGAGACAACAAAUGGAACUUGCCGCCAAGUCUGAGAAUUACAAAGAAGCUGCUAGGCUUCGUGAUUCUUUGAAAUCAUUCGAAGAGGAGGAACCUGUUUUACGUCUUCGCGGCUUGAUGAGGGAGGCCAUUGCAGACGAGAGGUUUAAGGAUGCAGCAAGAUAUCGUGAUCAGAUAAAUGAAAUUGCUCCUCAUUAUCUACUGAAGUGUUCAAGUGAUGCAACAACCUUGGGGAUCAGGGUUCAAGUUAGGAGUGUGUACAUUGAAGGGCGCAGCCAACCUUUAAGAGGCCAAUACUUCUUUGCCUACCGAAUAAGAAUUACUAAUAACUCAAACCGCCCUGUUCAGCUUCUUAAGAGGCACUGGAUAAUUACCAAUGCUAAUGAGAAAUCAGAGGAUGUUUGGGGCAUUGGAGUUAUUGGUGAACAACCAGUUAUACUUCCUAACAAUAGUUUCGAAUAUUCAUCAGCAUGCCCGUUAACCACUCCUAGUGGUAGAAUGGAAGGUGACUUUGAAAUGAAGCAUAUCGAUAAAGUAGGAUCAAAGACAUUUAACGUGGCUGUUGCGCCCUUUUCUCUUUCAACGUUUGGGGAUGCGACUGAUAACAUUUGAUUUCAAGUAUAACCCCUGUACUGUUCCACUGUACCUAAAUUCUUGCAGAAGUUCAUCUCAAAUCCAAUUCCAAAGUAGUAAAUAUUGGCUUGGCUAUUUAGUACAUGUUAAAUUAAGAAUGUAGAGUAAAAAUGUAUAGAUUUUUGAACUAAAUAGUGUUCUUCCUAAGUUGUGAAAUCUGGAAAAUAGUGUUUUAUUCGGU